UACAGUUCGGACUGCGGCUGCGGCCGUUUCACAACCUCCAACUGACACCCACUUUCAGGGGAAAGAUGGCGACCCGAGUCCUUCAAAGAGUUGGCAAAGGCCUUAAACAGACGAGAAAUGGGCUUAAGGCAAACCGACAAGUCACGGUUGUCGUAAGGAGCCUCUCGGGUUACCGUGAAGACAGCUGGUUCAAGUCUCUGUUUGUAAGAAAGGUUGACCCCCGAAAAGAUGCUCACUCUCAUCUGCUUGCCAAGAAGGAAGACAACAACCUGUACAAAAUACAGUUUCACAAUGUGAAGCCUGAGUGCCUCGAUGCUUAUAAUGAACUUUGUGAGAACGUCUUGUCUUCCAUUCAUGCUGACCCUGAAUACCCUUGUGAGCUUGUGGGCACCUGGAACACAUGGUACGGAGAGCAGGAUCAGGCAGUUCACCUGUGGAGAUAUCGGGGAGGAUACCCGGCUCUCACCGAAGUCAUGAACAAACUCAGGCAGAAUAAGGAGUUUAUGGACUACAGGCAUGAGAGGGGGAAGAUGCUGCUGUCACGUAGGAAUCAGCUGCUUCUGGAGUUCAGUUUCUGGAACGAACCUGUCCCUCGUCCAGGACCCAACAUCUAUGAGCUGCGGUCGUACCAGCUCAGGCCAGGGACGAUGAUUGAGUGGGGAAAUUACUGGGCACGAGCUAUUGAGAUUCGGCAACAGAACCAGGAGGCGGUGGGAGGCUUUUUCUCACAGAUUGGAAGUCUGUACACGGUUCACCACUUAUGGGCUUACAAAGACCUCCAGUCCAGAGAAGACACCAGAAAUGCAGCCUGGCAGCGUGAUGGCUGGGAUGAGGUUGUCUAUUACACAGUCCCUCUUAUUCAGCACAUGGAAUCUAGAAUAAUGAUUCCCAUGAAGACUUCGCCCUUGAAGUAACAAUGACCAGCGGGGGGGAGGCCUCUUAACAGCCGCUGAAACUACCACACUGAUCUGUAGAGUGUGUAACCAAACGUCAGAGUGUGCACUGCCAGGGAAAUCUGCACAACAUGUUUGAGUUUUUGUUUCCUUUCUUCUUUGUUUCUUCACUCCCCUUUCUGUGUGGGCCUAGAAUGUCUUAUUUCAGAUGGUGAGGUUAAAAUGAUUAUCACCAAAACUGUUACCUGUUACAGCAGUUACUGUGUUAAUGAUCCAUUAAUGCGCCAGUUUUCAACAAACGAUGAUGUGACACGCUCCUCCUUUUCACUGUCUAUCAUUUAAAGGGUCAGAUUUUAAGUGUUGAGAUCCCAGGAAGAGGUAUGAGUCAAACAUUUAGCAGUUCUAGUGCUGGUCACAGGCUGGAAAUGUCUUUUUAUAAAAAUGUGAUGCAAAAGAAAACAUGGCUCGUAAGCCCAGUUGCAUUGAUAACAAAUCAAACAAAUGUAACUUGCUUCAGUAUUUAAUAACAAAAGCACAGCGUCCAGAGCUCACAGUUCAUUACCAGUCUGAAUUGGAUAAGCUUCUUUAAAUGUUAAAUAGAUGAUGGUCAGUUUUACAAAGAGGAACCGUCUGUUCACUAAUCAGUGUUUUUUAUUAAAUAAACAAUGAAGCAGACUGUCAGAGAUCGUGACCUGUGUUGCAGGGCCACAGUCAGACUCCAGAUGUUCACCAGGUGUCCACUCUUAUAGAAAGUGUGACUUCAUGUUUACAUGGCUUUGAUGCAGUCACCUGAUGAUAAUGGUGUGUACCAGUGAUCUGUUUCAAAAUCAGUUUGCUGGAUGAAAGGAUUCAUAACGAUGCUUAUAAAGACAAAUAUUGGAGUUCACAAACACAGUAGUGACAUAGGGGUCAGAACAGGAAGCUAGACUUUGAUAUAGUCUUUUUUUUUAUUCCUGCUGGAUACAUGAACAUAGUGUUCAGUUCUUGGGGUGAAGUUGUGCUGAAUCCCCCUGAAUGAGUCAUUUUGAGCUUGUUGUUAAACUGACCACAUCUCCAGAUAAUUUUCUAACUUCAGCGUUGUGACACUUACGGCUCUUCCAGCUGUGAGGAGGAGGAACGAGAUGAUUCAAAUGUGUAUUAAGUUAUUUUUGAUUUCACCACAACUAAUCAGUAACUACAAACUGCUGUGUUUGGUCUGUCCCUGUACCAAGCUAUUAAUGCCAACCGGGUGAUUGUGUGCUCUAAAGAGAUUAAUGUGUUUUUUUUAAAUGGUCAGAUUGUAGAUGUGCAUAGUGGGCUUAAUGACCAAGCCUGUAACUGACAUAGGGUGGCAUAUGUUGAUAAACAGAAUAAAAGUGGACAGAAGAGGAGCAAUAUCUUAAUGUGUUCAAUGUGAAUUGCAGUGCUUUAAUAAAACUAGUUGUACAUAUUGAAUUAAACUUAUGAUGGAAAUGG